AUGUCCAGCGUCACAUUGGGUUUCGUCGAGCCGAGAACUUCUUGGCAUCUGGUUUCACAUCUCUUCCCUGACAAGGUCGGCGGUCGUCCCGCAUGGCUGGCACUUAGUCACCUUCCUGACGACCUGGAAUGCCCCCAUUGUCACCACCACAUGGUCUUUCUGCUUCAGCUGUACUCUCCCAUCGAUGAUCGGGAGGACUGUUUCCAUCGCAUGCUCUUUGUCUUCAUGUGUAAGAACGGCAUUUGUUUUCUGCCACAUAACGGAGUCGAGCCCCGGCCCUUUCGCGUCUUUCGCUCCCAAUUACCAAAGGAAAAUCCCUAUUACAGCUCAGAACCACCGUCAGAGUCCGAGGAUAUAACUGAGCAAGCUAUGAUGGAGCUCUUUCGAUCUGGCAAAGCUCCCACGGCCGGCCUCAUAGCAAAUCUCUGCCCGGUCUGCGGAUGCCCGGGUACCAAGUGUUGCGUUAAUUGCAAUAAGGCCUAUUACUGCUCGAAGGAACAUCAGGUUGCCCUACCUAUUAUACAUUGGGAACAGAAUCACAAAAGCCACUGUCCUAACUACGACUAUCUGGCUGAGAUGUUUCAGUCGAACCCCUUCCUCCUACCCGAGUUCUCGCUCGCUUCAGAGACCUUAGACAGGGACGAUGCGGAUACCAUCGAGGUCUACAGCUCUGAUGACGAAUUCGGCUCCGAGGUCGUUGAGGAUCCCGAGGUUUCGAGUGCUGAUAAAGAGGAAUUCGAAGCACUCGAGGAAGUAUCACGUAAGGAGACAAAGGAAAAUCGCUUUUUCAACCGAUUCAAAGAGAUUUUGAGGAAGGAACCUGAUCAGGUUGUCCGCUUCGAUCGCGGUGGAGUGCCGCUCUGGGCGACUCCUACGCCCACUUUUCCGCCUCCGUGUGUGAAAUGUGGUGGAAAAAGGAUUUUCGAGUUCCAGAUAACACCUCAGCUCCUGUCCCACUUGAAAUUGGACAAGGUCGGCGAGGCCUCACCUGACUUCGCCACUGUCUACAUCUUCACCUGUGAGAACUCGUGCCCUCUGGGAUUCCCCGGCAGCCGGGACAACACCCCCACGGAGACCUACGUCGAGGAGUUUGCCACCUUCGAUCCAGUCCCCUAA